GGCUUUGGGGGGCUUUUGGCCGGGAGCGUCGACAGAGAUGUCCGUGCAGCAGAAUCUUGCUUAGAGGUAAAAACACGGAUUAAUCUCGGGCGGUGAAUUCCUCGGAGACGUCGCAGCCACGAGGACAGACCGGGAGACCAGAAAGGUGCAAAUCGGAUUCCAUACACUUGUGAUUUGAUGUGAGACUACUUUGACCCGACAAAAUUGAAGAUGAUGUUGCUAUGGAAACUGCUGGUGCUGCAGUCACUUAUGGGGUGCCUUGCAGAGAGCGGCGUCCUGCAGAGCCCCGUCUUCACCAAGCAGCCCGGCAGCAUCGUGUAUCCCGUGGAGACGGUGGAGAACAGGGAGGUGGUGUUCAGCUGUGAAGCCCAGGGAAGCCCUCCACCCGUCUACCGGUGGAAACUGAACGGCACCGAAAUCAGCCCCAGAUCCGGAUCUCACUACAGCCUGUCUGGAGGGAACCUCAGAAUCAGUCAUCUGAACAAGGACCACGAUGCAGGAACAUACCAGUGCCUCGCCUCCAACUCCUUCGGGACCAUCGUCAGCCGGGAGGCCAGUCUGACCUUUGCAUACUUGGAGAACUUCAAGACCCACAAAAGAAGCUCCGUAUCAGUCCGCGAAGGUCAAGGAGUGGUUCUGCUGUGCGGCCCGCCACCGCAUUCUGGAGAUCUCGUGUUCUCCUGGAUCUUUAACGAGUACCCGACGUUUGUGAAGCAGGACACUCGCCGAUUCAUCUCGCAGGAGACCGGGAACCUGUACAUCGCCAUGGUGGAGCCCUCAGAUGUCGGCAACUACACCUGUGUGGUGACUAAUACUGUCACAAAGAGCCGAGUCCAGGGUCCGCCCGCGCCGCUGGUGCUCCGCAGUGACGGUGUGAUGGGUGAAUACGAGCCAAAGAUUGAAGUUCAGGUUCCGGAGGUCGUUCACGUUGCCAAAGGGUCCACGGUGAAGCUGGAAUGCUUCGCUCUGGGAAACCCGGUGCCGUCUAUAAACUGGAGAAGAGUGGACGGCGUUCCCUUCCCCAGGAAAGUGGACAUGAGGAAAGCCAGCGGAGUCCUGGAGAUCCCCUACUUCCAGCAGGAGGACGCCGGCACAUACGAGUGUGUGGCGGAGAACUCCAGGGGAUCCAACGCGGCCAAAGGGAAGCUCUCUUUCUACGCUCCUCCACAUCUCAUCGAGAAGCCCCAGGAGGCCCAGAAGCUCAUUGACGACUCGUUGGUGUGGGAGUGCAAAGCCACGGGGAAGCCGAAGCCUUCUUACCGAUGGAUGAAGAAUGGAGAGAACCUGGAGGCCGCCGAGGAGCGCGUACAGGUGGCCGACGGCGCCCUGUCCAUCAGCCGCCUGACCCUGUCCGACGCCGGCAUGUACCAGUGCGUGGCCGGGAAUAAGCACGGCGAGGUCUACUCCAACGCGGAGCUCCGGAUUAUAGCCGUUGCUCCAGAUUUCUCUCACAACCAACUGAGGAGCCAGACGCUGGUGAGGGUCGGAGGAGAUGUGCUCAUCGAGUGCAAGCCCAAGAUGUCCCCGUGGGGCGUGAUCUCCUGGAGGAAGGGCAGCGAGGCGCUCCAAGAAAGCAACAGAGUCUCCGUCCUGGACAGCGGUAACCUCCGCGUGUGGAAUGCCACCCAGUCGGAUGCCGGCCUCUACACCUGCGUGGCGAGGAACCAGUUCGGCGUAGCGAGCAGCACAGGAAGCGUCACCGUCAAAGAGCCGACCUCCAUCACCACGCUGCCGUCCACGCUGGACAUCACCGUGGGGGAGAGCGUGGUCCUGCCCUGCCAGGUGAGCCACGACCCGUCGCUGGAGCUCAAGUUCACCUGGUUCUUCAACGAGCAGCUCAUCCACUUCGGCAGCCACGGUGGAUUCUUUGAAAAAGUGGGAGGCCAGCAUUCGGCAGGAGACAUCAUGAUUCGGAACAUCCAGCUGAGGCAUGCGGGGAAGUACACGUGUGCCGUGCAAACCAAGGUGGACAGCAUUUCCAUUGCUGCUGACUUGGUUGUCAGAGGUCCCCCGGGGCCCCCGACCAGCGUCCACGUAGAAGAAAUCACUGAUACCACAGCCUCUCUGUCCUGGAGGCCCGGGCCCGAUAAUCACAGUCCAAUUACGGCCUACACCAUCCAGGCCAGGACACCAUUUUCCCUCGGGUGGCAGGCUGUCACCACAGUUCCUGAGGUGGUGGGGGGCCACCGGCUGACAGCUACAGUAAUAGACCUGAGCCCUUGGGUGGAGUACGAGUUUCGAGUCCUCGCGAGCAACGCCGUCGGGACCGGCGAGCCCAGCAAGCCAUCCAAACAAGCCAGGACAAAGGGGACCUCUCCGAAGGUCACGCCGGCUAACGUGAGUGGAGGCGGCGGCAGUCGCUCCGAAUUAGUCAUCACAUGGGAGCCCGUCCCUGAGGAGCUGCAGAAUGGGCCGGGCUUCGGUUACGUGGUGGCUUUCCGACCCCACGGUUCCACGGGAUGGAUGCAGGCCGCCGUGCCCUCCCCCGAAACCUCCAAAUACGUCUUUAAAAACGAGAGCAUCCAGCCCUUCUCACCUUUCCAUGUGAAGGUCGGGGUCUACAACAAUGAGGGGGAGGGGCCUUUCGGACCGGUUACCAACAUCUACUCAGCUGAAGAAGAGCCCGGCCGAGCUCCCACCAGGGUCCGAGCCAAGAGCCUCUCUGCAUCCGAGAUGGAAGUGUGGUGGAAAGCUCUGCCCUGGAAUGCCAGCAAAAAAAGAGUCCUGGGCUAUGAGCUGAGGUACUGGAGCGGAAGUGAGAGGGAAGACACGGCCAGCGUGCAGAAGACUGUGGGAAAUCAAACGUCGACUGUUAUCCGCGGGGUGAAAGGCAGCAGCACGUAUUGCAUCUCGGUGAGGGCGUAUAACACGGCGGGAACGGGGCCUCCCAGCGCCGCGGUCAACGUCACCACCAAGAAGCCGCCGCCCAGUCAGCCUCCGGUUAAAGUGAUGUGGAACACAUCGGAUUCCAAGAUUAUAUUGAACUGGGAGCAGGUCAAGGCCCUCGACAACGAGUCGGAGGUCACCGGCUACAAAGUGCUGUACAAGAAGAAUCGCCACAGCCGCCUCAACGUCAUGGAAACCAACACGACCUCCGUGGAGCUCGCCCUGCCCACUGAUGAGGACUAUAUCAUCCAGAUAAAGCCUUUUGGAGAGGGAGGGGAAGGCAGCAGUAGCAGGCAGAUCACCAUCCCGAGGAUACCAGGCCCCAACGCCGUCGGCUCAGCGUCCAAGGUCUCCACUCUAUCGGCCCUCAGUACAAUAGCGCUGUCUUUCACGGCGCGGACAUCUUUAUGACAAACGGCUGUCGGCGGACGUUGCAUCUGAUGCGGUGACAGCGCUACGGCGGAACACGAAACACAGCCCACUCCGGUGUCACUAGAUCCAUUCAUCUAGAUUGUAGAGUCAAAAGGAGGAAAUAAACAAACAAAAAAAAGUGAAAAAAAUGAAAUAAAAACGCCAUUGAGAUGAUAGGGAAGGAUUCCCCUCCGGCGCCCAGGCUGAGCAAAGGGGACCGAUGUCGUGACUAUGUUGUUACCAAAGCAGCUUUCAUAAGAACAAAAAAAUGAAGAGAAAAAUGUCUUAUAUGCAUCUUUUUGUAUGACACGUUGAGCUUUUAUAGUUUGGUUUUUUUUAAUCAACUGGGAGUCCUUCUGGGUUUGAGGAAAAUGAGGUGCAUGGCAAAUAACAUUAUCCGGACUGGAGGUUAAGAAUGUGAUAUGACAGUUCGCCUUUUGUCUUCUAAAAUAAGGAAAUCUUUGGUUCUAUCAGACCAGAGACGUUUAUUUUCUUCAAGUGAGUGAACUAUUAACUGUUACUGUGUUGCAUUCCUGUUUCCGCAAUAUGUCACAAAUGUUUCAUUCACAGGACGACAUUGAGUGUUUGUCAAAAUUGGUCAUUUAAAUUAGAGGAUUCAAAUCCCCCUACAGCCCACGCUGAUGCUCAACCACCACGCUAACGUGUUAGCGCUAAAUAACAACAAUGAGGUAGCAAAAGUAGCACUCUUCAAAUGACACAGAUGCCAACAGCACUUUAUUAUUUAUUUACCUAAUGAAUUCAAUACCCAUCAUGUGAAUAGAAGCAUUGUUUUGUAAAAUUGCCUCCACCACCUUAUUUACUUUUAUCAUCCUUUUCAAAUAGUUUGAGUGUCAUCGUGGCAGCGGAGCCUAUAAAUCGGGUGUAGCUGCCGCAGUAUCGGUCCAAUCGCACCUCGCAUAAAGCAAAAGCAUACCAAUAGUACUCUUCUGUAGGUAUCUGGGUUCUCCUGCAUGGAGGACGGAUACACAGGCCCUUUGCAGUGCGCCGACUAAAUACAAAGUAGCUUUCACCCAAAGCCCACUUAGUGGGGCCUUCCAAAUGUCCCCAUGCCGCGCUGCCGCAGAGGAAUGCAUUUAGUUUGUAACGCGUUGACAGACACUUCCACUGCUCUCACAACAAAAGAAUGCUGAAGCAUCUUUGGAGCUUGGAUGGAAAUACCAUCCAUGACAGGAGGCGGGAUGUCUCCGUGUACGGAUGCAAUGGUUGCAGCAGUCAGACCUUUUAUCACGCUGGAUGCUAACGCAUCGCAAUCGUCGUGUUUUUUGGUGCCAGUCCUAUCAGAGAAGGUGGCCAAGAACUCCCAAAAAGUCAACGGUGUCCUUAGAGGCGUCCGCAUGAACGCUCGCUACCAGUAACUGCUGCUUUAGAGGCCAUUGAUAGCCGGUGACGGGACGCUUGUGGCUGUCUCAUGCUCCUCCCCCUUUCAGUUAGCGCCGUGUUUAGAGCUAUUCUUUGCCUUCCGUGUGCCUCAUCAUACGUUCAAAAUCCUCAGGUCCUUAAAGAGCCUUAACUUCUCAUGUGUGUAUGAAAAACCAUUAGGAGCACUGAACAGCGAAGCAGCCGCGGGGAUGUUUACAUGUCUGUUUGUGGGGAUCGGGUGGGAGGAACGAGAAUCGUCUGAAUGGCAUUCGGAUAUUUCGCAUGGGAUAUUGGCAAUAUAUGAGGCCUGGUGCAUUUUAUAGGUGUGUGUUCUUAUUUAAAGACAAUGCUGCUGAUCCUUUCCUUUCCCCGUAGUCUCCUGAGGCCGCGAGGGGCUGCCGUGCCGCCGAGGCGCCGCGCAGUCUGUAUGUAGCGUGUAAUCCGGUUAAGUAGUUUGUACUUUGAAGGGAAGUGUGCUGUAGGCUACUGAGUCUCGCUCAGAAUCAUCCAUCAAGAAAUGUGUAAUAUACUGUUUUGUACACUUCAAAUCAUUUAUAUAAAAAAAGCCCUUUCUAAAGAGAUGAUUUACUUUGUUUUUGUGUAAUAACUCUGUUUCAUACUGUAGCUAACUGUUGCUCAGCAUGAUUAUUCCUUUGUCUUCUCUUCUGUCCAUCUGCAAGUCGACCGAUUGGCUUUGGCAACGUGCACGGCUCAUGCAUCUGAUCAUUUAGUGUAAACUAUAUGUAUCUGAACCAUGAUGAGCCCCCCGUCUCAGUCAGCCCCUCCGAGGUGUCCAUACACACUCUACGUGAGGCUUCCCUCUGUUGCUGUUUGUUGUUUAUACUGUGUUAAUAAAGAUUAUUGAUUUAUAGAACAAUGUCAA